GCAUGUGACCCCGCCCCUCCUUCGGCCAACAGAGUUUUGCCGUAAAACAAAAUCUGUACUCUGUGGUCGCAGAUGGAGUCUCUAGGAGUUGUGUUACUUUUGACCGUAAUUCCUGGGCAGACAGGUCAAGAUGAGGUUCAAGUGGAGGCUGGAGUUGAUGCAACUCUUGACUGCCAGGGUCCCACUGAAGGGACUGUCACAGUGUUAGCGUGGAACAAGAGGGGCAUGAAAUCGGAUGAUUAUGUCUUCUUCUACCGGGAAGAUCGUCCUUACAAAGCCUACCAGCAUCCCUCUUUCAAAGGUCGAGUGGAGCUGGGAGAUCCACAAUUGAAAGGUGGAAAUAUGUCCAUCAUUCUGCACAACACCACCGAUAACGACACUGGGACAUAUGAGUGCCACAUCUCAUAUCAGAGUGGCUCAGGACGCGACAAGAGAGUGACCCCUGAGAUCAAGCACGAGACCAGGCUGACAGUUGUUCCUGCAGGUGACUCUGAAGCCUCGAGUCAGACAGGAGGACAAAAGAAGAAUGAAGACAACAAAGAUGGAGGAAAGGAAGACACAGGGAAGGAGGAUGGAUCUGUUGGACUGAUAGUUGGUCUGGUAGUUUCUUCUGUGUUUCUGGUUGCUGCUGCUGCUGGUUUUUUGAUCUACAUGAAACUUCAAGCUUAUCCGUGUUAGAAUUCAUACCAGCCUUCUGGUGAACUGCAGCAAGUUUAA